AUGGCAUCAGCAACACCAGAUAAUAUUAUUCUUAGUAGUGAACCAUCUUCCAAUAUAAUUGAUCAAUUUUCUAAAUUAUUAAUCUCAUUACCAGUUCAUCAACAAAAAAUUCAACUUAAAUUAGAUCCUCAUUGUAGUGAAGGUGCCGACAUUAUACAAAAUUGUUUGGCAUUACAUAUCGGUUUGUCAUUAGUUGAAUAUGUACUUCAAGAAUGUCCAUAA